UCCUCCAAAUCGUACUGGGUGAUUCUAGAGAGGUACAAAACCAAUUUCUCCUUCUUCGUCUGGUUCUUACGCUUAGUACAGAGAGGCGUGGGAGUUAAGAGUGUACCCUGUGUGCACGUGAUAAGUUCGGGGCGUUUGCUUCUGGUGAAUGAAGUAAAGUGCAAGCUGAGCUAAAUCUUUGAGUCUUUUGAUGCGAUUUUGUGGGGGGUUAGAUGUUAGAUCGCCACAUGUUAUGAAAUUUCGGAACUGGGUUUGAAGUUGUUUAUCUUCACUUGCGUUUUCUGGAUCUGAUUUUUGGAAUUGGAGGGUAAUGAUUAGGGUUUCAUGAGAAUCGAGUGAAACCCAUGUGGCUAAUGUCUGGUUCAUGCAACAUGGUUGGGUGGGUUUGGAUGGAUUACUGGGUGAGGGGGAGAGGAUAAGGUUUGGAUUCUAUCUGCUGGAGUUGGGAUUCUUUGUUAGAUCUCAAUCCACAACAGGAAACAAACAAAGAACAAAGAAGAGAAGAACAUUAGAGUUAUCCUCCAUCCAUAUUCCGGGUUGCGUAAUCUCUCAAUCAAUUUGUAUCAGUGGAAGCAAAAGGCAACUGGUUGGUGCAUCGAAGCUUUCAAAGUUGGGUGUUUGUAAUCAUAUAUCAGAUUCCAGGUAGAGGAGAGGAGAGGAGAGGAAUAAGGAGAAGGCAAGCAAAGCUAAGCGGGUAUACUUUUUCUUAACCAAUUACGGUUCUUUCUUCUGUUUUGAUUCUUGAAUAGUGAGGAUUUCUUCGAGAAGAAGACAUGGCGCAUCGUUGGUGGGCCGGGAAUGUGGCCAUGCGAGACCCUAUGUCCUCGGCUCCGUCGCUUCACCUCAGAAACACCGAAGAUGACCAGGGUGGAUUGAACCGCCUUGGACCCAGAAGAGAGCAAGAGUUCAUGGACAAUAACAACAACACUACCACCACCACCAACACGACCGCCACAAAUAGCAGUAGCAGCAACACUAACCCAAACCCUAGUGCUGCCAAUCAGAACCCUGAGGAAGAAGACAGCAGAGAAAUCGACCUGGAAGACAGUGAGCAGAACGCUGGCGGCCACGAAAUCGCCGAACCUAGUAGUGCUGGUCGCCGGCCCAGAGGCCGACCGCCCGGUUCAAAAAACAAGCCGAAGCCUCCGAUAGUCAUUACUAAAGAGAGCCCAAAUGCGCUCAGAAGCCAUGUAUUAGAAAUCAGCAGCGGAAGCGACAUCGCGGAGAGUAUUGCCAACUUUGCUCAGCGCCGCCACCGUGGGGUCUCGGUCCUCAGUGCCAGCGGCAUUGUCAACAAUGUCACCCUCCGGCAACCGGCAGCUCCAGGAGGCGUAAUCACACUUCAAGGCAGAUUUGAGAUACUGUCUCUAUCGGGAGCAUUCUUGCCAGCGCCAUCCCCACCGGGGGCUACUGGGCUGACGGUCUAUUUGGCCGGAGGGCAAGGGCAGGUGGUAGGUGGAAGCGUUGUGGGUGCGCUUAUGGCUUCGGGCCCAGUGAUUGUGAUUGCUGCCACCUUUUCCAAUGCGACUUUCGAGCGUUUGCCGCUUGAAGAUGAGCCAGCAAAUGAAGGAAUACAAAUGCCACAAACAUCAGGGGUGAAUUCAGGAACUGGUGGCACUUCAGCACCUCAAUCUCAUGGUUUAGUCGAUCCAUCUUCCAUGCCCAUCUACAAUCUCCCCCCCAAUCUUCUACCCAAUGGACAAAUGCCCCAUGACGUUUUUUGGGCACCUCCUCCACGUCCACCUCCUUACUAAGACUUGAAGAAGAAGAAGAAGUAGAAGAAGAAGAUGAAGAUCGAAGAAGAGAGAAAGAGAGGGGCUUGUUAGUUUGGGUUUUGCUAACUUGUUUGUGCAAAAUGUUUGACAGUUGUUGUAAGCAUAGCAAGCAAGGGGAGCAAUCCAUUUCUAACCAUGUAGAUGUAGGCAAGAGAGGAGUAGUGGUGAAGAAAUGGAUGAAGAGCCAAAGAAAGAGAAAGGGGCUAGCUUCUUCUAUUUGGUAAGCAUAAAUAAUGUUUUCUCUCAUCAUGUUCUAUUUUCCGGGAAAGGAUGGUGAUGCCACUGUGAAUCACAGUGUAGGACCUGUGAGUAUCCAAUACUCGCUUAAUUAUAAGAAUUUUGAACAUGGACUUUGAUUUGUGGACUAA